AUGUUUGUGAAAAUUGGUGUUAUCAUUCCUGCAUUAAUACUCGCCAACUUGGCUCGUUCAUCAAUUGCGGCUGGUACACAGAUAGUCGUGGGUACCUGUUUUCCAUGUCAGUAUAUCGGUACAUUGAUUGGUCUUAUGUGGACAACAACAGGAGUGAUUACUUGCAUUCAAUAUGGGCUUGUUAAACUGACGGCUGAUUUCCAUGAAUCGUGGAAAGCAUGGGUUAUCGUUUUGGCAUUGGUUAUAAUGAUGUCUUGUCAUUGGAUACACUUAUGGGUGAUGUAUGUCCAAGAACUUCGCAAGCAUGCACCAGCUAAAUCUGAAACUUCAGAAAAUGUUCAUUAG